ACUGCUUGCUCAAACAACCAGGCCAUGUUAUUUUUUUUUUCUUUUAAAUGGAGGGUUUUUGUAGCUUUCACAAAGUUACCAUGAUUAUCUAAUUGUAUAUGGUGCAGGUUCUGAGAAUGCCAGUCACUGCUUUGCUUCUUGACAAGGAUACUGGAAAUGUUAAAGGUGUUAGAUUAGCUUCAGGUCAGGAUAUAUUUAGCCAUAAGCUGGUCCUUGAUCCGUCCCUUACAUUGCCAUUAGCCUCAUCUGUAUCGGAUCACUUAGAAAAAAGUCUUCAAGUUUUAAUUUCAAGGAAAAACAACGGAAAGGUGGCAAAGGGAAUAUGCAUCACAAGAAGUUCUGUCAAACCAGAUACAUCAAACAUUGUGGUGGUCUAUCCUCCUAGAUCUUUAUUCCCUGAGCAGGUUACAACAGUCCGAGUUGUGCAGCUGGGCAGCGGUUUAGCUGUUUGUCCUUCUGGCAUGUAUAUUUUGUAUCUUUCAGCUCUGUGUGAUGAUGACAUCCAAGGGACAAAAUUACUAGAUGCUGCCAUGAAUACUCUCUUGAAACUUCCUGUUUCUGCAGAUCCAGAAAGCAGUUCUAGUGCUCAAAAUGACGACGAAAAGGUGGAAAAACCUAUUUUACUUUGGAGAGCACUCUAUAUUCAAGAGCUUACUGUGGGUCAAUUUGAGACUGUUGGUUCUACUCCUAUGCCAGAUGGAAAUUUGACCUACAAUUGUAUCAUAGAGGCAUCUUUUGAGCUAUUUCAGCAAAUAUUUCCGAAUGAAGAAUUCUUUCCAGAGGCUACAUCACUUGAUAAUCCGGAGGAUGAAAGCAGUCUUAGUCUAGACACUUGAAAGAAUCAUAGCUGGAUUUUAUCAGUUUUACCAGUUUGAAUCGUCUGCAUCUUACAUACCUGAUUUUGAGAGGUAAAAUGCUUACCGGAAUAAACACACGGAUGAUCUGCUAUAUAAAAUGCUUAAAUAAGGGAUGAGAAAGAGAGAAGUCCGUGGCCCUUAAAUAAAUUUUUAAGAAUCUGGAUUGGGUUGCAGAACAUCGGUCAGAGCUUCUCAUUGUAAGCCAUAAAGGAAUCCAGUUUGCUUGUUGUGAAUGAAUUUAUUAGAAGGAUACUCAUUUUCCGAGUUAAAAAAAAGAACAGUCAGUCCUGGAUCCUGUACUAUUUUUCGUAAAUGGAUUGCUUUAAUUUUAAUUAAA